UGCCUCACAGGAUGUGAUUCUGAGGGAUUGUCCCCAAAUCCCAGUCUGCCAGGCCCCUCCCUUGCCUCCAAAUGAGCCAGCCAGCACCCUCAGUUUUCAACCCUCUACUUCUUCUUCUUUGGCAUCUAGACAUCUUUGCUGUAAGAUGAUGGAGCAGACAAGUGUCCCAGAGCAGGCGGCUGCUGGGAAAAGCCAUGGAGGCCUGGGGGGAACAUUCAAGGUCUCGGUCUAUGAGCUGGAGAACUUUCAGGGAAAGAAGUGUGACUUCUCCGCCGAGUGCCCCAACUUGACCGAGAGUCUGCUGGAGAAGGUGGGCUCCAUCCAGGUGGAAUCUGGCCCGUGGUUGGCAUUUGAACGCUGCGCCUUCCGGGGAGAGCAGUUUGUCCUAGAAAAGGGGGAUUACCCCCGGUGGGAUGCCUGGUCCAACAGCCAUCACAGUGACAGCCUCCUUUCCCUUAGGCCCCUGCACAUUGACAGCCCAGAGCACAAAAUCCACCUGUUUGAGAAUCCGGGGUACAGUGGCCGCAAGAUGGAGAUUGUAGAUGACGACGUUCCCAGUCUUUGGGCCCACGGCUUCCAGGAUCGGGUGGCCAGCAUCAGAGUCAUCAAUGGAACGUGGGUAGGCUAUGAAUUUCCAGGCUACCGAGGGCGCCAAUAUGUCUUUGAGCGGGGAGAGUACCGCCACUGGAAUGAGUGGGAUGCCAAUCAGCCCCAAAUCCAGUCCGUCCGGCGUAUCCGUGACCGCAAGUGGCACAAACGUGGCUGUUUCCUCAGUAGCUGAAGGAGACCCAAGGCCUCCCGUCCCCCACCCUCCCCAGGCAGCUGGCCCACCAAGAAG